GCGAUAUGAAAUAUAACUCGGCAUGCCUAAGCGCGCUGGGAAAUGUAACGACAUCCGGCCGCCGUCAUGUCGGACGUGGAAGACGACUUUAUGUGUGACGAUGAGGAAGAUUACGACCUGGAGUAUUCGGAGGACAGCAACUCGGAACCAAACGUUGACCUAGAGAACCAGUACUACAACUCCAAGGCUCUCAAGGAGGAUGAUCCUCAUGCGGCACUCGCCAGCUUCCAGAAGGUGUUGGAGCUGGAGGGAGAGAAGGGAGAGUGGGGAUUCAAGGCUCUCAAACAAAUGAUCAAGAUAAACUUCAAGCUGGGAAACUACGCUGAGAUGAUGAACAGAUACAAGCAGCUGCUGACCUACAUCAAGAGCGCCGUCACGCGUAACUACUCUGAGAAGUCUAUUAACUCCAUCUUGGACUACAUCUCAACUUCCAAGCAGAGAAACUCAUCGCCUCUGCAGAUGGAGCUGCUCCAGGAUUUUUAUGAGACGACACUGGAGGCACUAAAGGAUGCCAAGAAUGACCGCCUCUGGUUCAAGACUAAUACAAAGCUGGGAAAGCUGUACUUUGACCGAGAGGAGUACGGGAAGCUGCAAAAGAUCCUGCGGCAGCUGCACCAGUCCUGCCAGACUGACGAGGGUGAGGAUGACCUCAAGAAGGGUACGCAGUUGCUGGAGAUCUACGCGCUAGAGAUCCAGAUGUACACGGCGCAGAAGAACAACAAGAAGCUGAAGGCGUUGUACGAGCAGUCGCUGCACAUCAAGUCAGCCAUCCCACACCCGCUCAUCAUGGGCGUCAUUCGCGAGUGCGGAGGGAAGAUGCACCUACGUGAGGGCGAGUUUGAGAAAGCACAUACGGACUUCUUUGAAGCCUUCAAGAACUACGACGAGUCUGGCAGCCCCCGUCGAACCACCUGCCUGAAGUACCUGGUGCUCGCCAACAUGCUCAUGAAGUCUGGCAUAAACCCCUUCGACUCGCAAGAGGCAAAGCCGUACAAGAAUGACCCCGAGAUUCUGGCCAUGACCAACCUUGUGAGUGCGUACCAAAACAACGACAUCAACGAGUUUGAGAAGAUCCUCAAAACCAACCGUAGCAACAUCAUGGACGACCCCUUCAUACGCGAGCACAUUGAGGAGCUGCUGAGGAACAUCCGCACGCAGGUGCUCAUUAAGCUCAUCAUGCCGUACACGCGCAUCCAUAUCCCCUUCAUAUCCAAGGAACUGAAUAUUGACGUGAGUGACGUGGAGAGCCUCCUGGUGCAGUGCAUCCUUGACAACACCAUCAAUGGCCGGAUUGAUCAGGUGAACCAGCUGCUGGAGCUUGACCACCAGAAGCGCGGCGGCGCUCGCUACGCUGCGCUGGACAAGUGGACCAACCAGCUCAGCUCGCUGCACCAGGCUAUUGCCAGCAAGUUGGCAUGACUGCUUGCCCACCCGCUUGCCCAUAUGUCCACUGGGCCUAUUUCACCUGCAAGUUGGUCCUGAGAUUCAUGGCCCCUGCCUGGAGCGACGAGUUGCAUCGCUUUCCUCGCCCAGCCUCGUCGCAAUGCCUUGUUUUCAUGUCCCGUGCCUGACGCAUGAACUUGGAAAGACAUAAAAAGAGAAUGGGUGCCACCGUUGGGGCUCCUGUCACUCUCCUUGCCCACAGUUUUGUCUUUCACAUCCACCAAUUGGCUCUGGGACAAAUUGAUGCGCGCUUGUGGAGUUGCUGAUGAUGUGAGAUGCCGUGAUGGGCUGGCUGGAUGUCUUUUGAUUGGUAGAUGUGGAAAGCCGAGCCGUGGGUACACCUUGGUGUCAAUAUUGAUACAGAGAAAAGGCUCACAUGCUGGGUGACACUGAGUACUUGCCAACUUCUGAGAGACAGGGUAUGGCCAUGCGUUGCAAAUUACUGAAGACACAACAUCCCUUUAAACUCCAGUGUCUCUAACAAUGCUUCUACCCUGGUUGCAUGAAUAAUUUGGCACGUCAAAGUAAAGGUGGCAAAUAUAAUUAUUUUAAUGAUUUUCAGCAGUAUUGAGGGAUUUGUGUCCAAGCCACAUAAUUGCUUUAAUUCGUUUCCACGCAGAUCAUCGCAUUAUUGUGCGGGAAUUCAUGGCGAUACACCUAUGGUAUGAAAGGUAUAACGUGUAGGUAUCCACAUAUGUAACACAACAUUUAGCAACGUACGGCAGUAAUUUAUAAUGACCAUUGACUUGUAAACUGUGAGUAGAGUGGUGGCAUUGUAUCAAACGCCGUGUUGGAAUUACCAAAUGUAUAUGGGGGCUCAUGUCAGGAUUCUAGAGCAUUUGUUUGGGCAUGCAUACCCAUCUUACCGCUGUUGUAGAUAAAAGUGUUUUGUAAAGUUUGCGGUCGCCUUGUUUAUGUUUUCACAAGUUGGAUGGUGGGGUCGGCGUGUUAGUGGUUUGGUUCUUGACAACACAUUUCGUCACGUUUGAUAAGGGUUCCCACCUGUCCCGGUGUACCCAGGAUAUCUUUUUUUGAGAUGGCUAUCCAUUCUUGGCUUUUGUCAGUUGGCUAAUAAUACUCAAAGCAAUGCAUAUGUAGUUCUUUCCUCUGAGUAUUGUAAUAUAUAUUGUUCAAAUGGCACAUCCCAAUUUGUUUUUCUAUACCUCAAGAGGUGGUAACCCAAUAUCAGCGUGCAAGAUCUGGUGAGCACGUGACGGCCGCCUUAACACCGUGUCCUGAUUGGUGGAAAACUACAGAGGAGGUCCAUGUGAGAGUAAAGGCCUGGUAAGGGAUUGGCUGCAGGCUGCUGUGUUUGCAGCGGAGUCUACGGUCGAUGUUGUACUUCCCUUGGAUAUUUGUUACUUAAUGCCAGGCGGGAGCCCACUGAGGUGCAGAUAUUUUACUGUGGGGGGAGUCCUAGCAAAGAUUAUUUAAUUGAGGCGGAAACCAUAGCCCUGACCUGAAUGCAGACUUUGUUACCCAAUAAAUCACAUUUGUUAACGAG